CACCUCCGCGAUAUGGAUAGCCAACCCACUAGAACUAAAGUCGCGAUACCUAGGUUAGAGAGGCACGAAAACGACCACAACUCCACCCACGAUAGGAUCGUUACAAAGAGGGCCCAAGCCGCAUGCAGCGAUUGUCGAAUUCGUAAGGUCAGAUGCAGUGGGGAGAAGCCACGCUGUCAGAACUGUGUGAGGCAAUCAGUGCCUUGCACCUACUCGCAAGCUCGGAAGGACCGCUUGAAAGACGCUACUAAGCAAAUAGACCAGCUUGUUACUCUCCUUGCGGAUCUCAAUGCCCAUGUCGACGUCAGUGGGCAGCAAAAGAUUUAUGAACUUCUGGAUUCGAUUUCAUCUGCAACGAGCAUAGCAACAGGUGUAGCAGAUGAACGGCUGAAAGGAAGAAGCACGCCCCCUGAAGAGAGCCAGGAUACGAACACUCAAGCCGAUGUCACUGGGUCUAUAGACUGUAGCGAUAACCUCGACCUCGUAGACGAAGAUCUGUUCCGAAACUACCAAUCGAGAGCCACCGGAUUCGUCGGCCAGAACUCUGAAGUACAAUGGUUUCGGAAUCUUAAGAAUAAGAUAGAGAAUGCAGAGCUUGCAGGGACGGCAUAUCGGCUACCCUACCGUGCUCCGGGGGGCAGUACCAACGCUGCAGCGCAGCAAGAAGAGACAUUGCAUACUCGACAAAAGCCCUCCCAGUCAGUAAAUAUUCCACGCGCUUCACACGUCUCUGACUCUUAUUUUUACCUCGAUGGCGAGGACCUUAAGAUAGACUUCGUGAUAGAUCCGUAUGAGCUACCUUUACCAGAGAUAGCAGAGACAUUAUUCGACAUCUACAUGCAAACAGUCCAUACUUCGUUCCCUGUCCUGCCGAAAACGUUCACAACACAAUUUUACAAGUACACCGAGUCAGUGAAACAGGGUCGACCGUACCAAGUUUCUAAUACUUGGCAAGCUAUACUGAACUUGGUUUUGGCAAUCGGGGCGCACUACUCACAUCUGGCACAGACUGAGUGGCGCGCUCACGAAAGAGACCAUAUUGUGUACAUGACAAGGGCGGUGAAGAUGCUAGGAUUGGACAGAAUGGUCGUUUCCACUUCGGCACCUACACUGCCGUUGAUUCAAGCAACUGGUUUGUUGUCUCUAUACUAUAUAACAGUUGGCCAGAUCAGCAGGGCUUGGAUGACGAUAGGCGUAUCUCUGCGGUUUGCUAUUACUGUCGGUCUACAUCUCCGGAAUGAUGAUCCAUCCGCCCCAGCGAGUAAAAAAGAGGACUUGGUGCAGACUUGGUGGAGUUUAUAUUCCAUCGAGAAUCUUUUGUGCACUCUUGUCGGUCGGCCAUGUACAAUCGCGAACGACCAAUGCACUGUUCCUCUACCUCACAUACUGCCUGGCGAGCUAGUUGGGCACAACAACACAAAUUCGCUAAACGAUCUGGAUUACCAAAACAGGCAGGGUGACCUGCCCACGAGAAACGCUUUCUUCAACCAGGUUGCUACAGAAAACGUCUCUCAAUCUACGUUUCUAGGGGUGUUUGUAGCAAUGAGGAUUAUCACGGAAAAGGCCCUUUCAAAGUUGUAUUCGCCUCAAACUCCGGUCCACUCUUGGCAGCAAAUCCAGAAGGAGAUUGACGCACUGUCGAAAGAACUAGACGGGUGGGCGACAGCGCUACCUGCCGCCCUCAGACCAGUUCAUUCGCUUCAAGAGUCUAGUAUUCAGCGCGAAAGACUGCUUCUUAGCUUUCAAAAUUGCAGCGCUAAGAUGCUUAUCUACCACCCGUGCCUCUGCCGCCUCGACCAGCGUAUUGCGGGGCCGAGCGAAGCCUCGGCUAGCUUCGAUCAAAAGGCGGCGGAGGCGUGCAUCCAGGCAGCCCAAUUGAUGACAACACUUCUACCUGACGAACCAGACCUCGCAUUCGUGUACGAACAAAGUCCGUGGUGGUGCAUUGUACACAACAUCAUGCAGGCCAUCGCAGUCUUUCUUCUAGAGAUAUCUUCUAGCCAGGCUCAUACAUUCCACCCAGAUAAGAGUAUGCUAACGAGCAUCAGGAAGCUUGUUCAAUGGCUCGAAUGUAUAGGAAGGAGCAAUGCCGUUGCGCAGCGCGCAUACGAAAUAGUAGUGAAUAUCAUCGAUCCUAGUGCAUUGCAUCUUCAAAUUGAUGAAGCCGACGCUUCCACAGAAGGUGUGGCGGACCAAAGCCAAUCGCUCCAAGCGUGCCCGUGGUUACCGAGUACAGAAUUUCUGCCUUGUAAUUUAGGUUCCUUUCCACACGCUGAAUGGGACAGGCCGGCUUACAUCAAUUUCACUACAACCACAGAUCUCAGCACGCAACUCCCUACCGCUCUCUGGGAAGAGCAGCCAACAGAACGCUUUGUGGAAUCUCCAACAGGCCGAGACUUUGCGCCCGAUUCAACUCAGCAGACAUCUCUGAUGUUUGACAAUUGCUUCCUUGGCGACUUCGAUCUGUUCAAUCCGCCGAGUGGAAAGUUCUAA